GGUGACCUGCCGGGACUCUGGUCAUGUGACUAAGCAUGGAGGCGUCGGCGACGAGAAGCGUCACUCCGCGAAAACACUGAGGCCACAGGGGGGGGCUGGGAACGGGCGCACAAUAAACGGAAAAAGGCAACAGGCAGCGCUCUUACAUCUAACAUUUAUAUUGCUAUGAAAUGAGGGCAACAUGGGUGCCAAGGAGUCAAGGAUAGGCUUUCUCUCGUACGACGAGGCCGUCAAGAGAGUCACCGACGUAGAGCUGAAGCGGCUGAAGGAUGCCUUCAAGAGAACUAGCGGCCUCUCCUACUAUAUGAACCAGCAGUGUUUCUACAAGGAAGUUCUUGGAGAUGGGGUCCCGCCCAAAGUCGCGGAGGAGAUCAGCCACACGCGAGCCGACACGCCUGCCACAAUGUCCGAGCGGGAUUUCAGCACCGGGGGGCAUAUCUCGGUCAAGCUGUAUGGACAAACUCGGGUCCUAGAUGGGCGAGUGGAGGAUCUCGCCUCGCCAUGCCUUCAUAGGACACCUCGGUUACCUCGCACUCUUUCCGGCAUGCGAGAUAUAUUUAGUCUGUUUGCCAGCGACUCGGGCAGCUAUGCCACGCGGGAAGACAUGGAGGCCAUGCUGCGAGCCGUGGAUGGGGAAGUCCCGCCCUCUCUCAGGAAGUGCUUCGCAGAGGGGGAGAGGGUCAAUUAUGAGAAGUUUAGGAACUGGCUGCUGCAAAACAAAGACGCCUUCACCUUCUCCCGGUGGCUGCUGUCCGGCGGCGUCUGCGUCACCCUGACGGACGACAGUGACACGCCCACCUUCUAUCAGACCCUGGCCGGCGUCACACACUUGGAGGAAUCGGACAUCAUCGACUUGGAGAAGCGCUAUUGGCUGCUCAAGGCCCAGUCCAGGACGGGCCGCUUCGACCUGGAAACCUUUGUGCCGCUGGUUUCCCCUCCCAUCCAUGCCUCGCUAAGUGAAGGAUUGUUUCAUGCCUUCGACGAAAAUCGUGACAAUCACAUCGACUUCAAGGAGAUCUCCUGUGGGCUUUCUGCGUGCUGCAGAGGGCCAGUGGCUGAGCGGCAGAAAUUUUGUUUCAAGGUGUUCGAUGUGGACCGGGACGGUGUCCUCUGCCGAAGUGAGAUCCAAGACAUGGUCGUGGCGUUGCUGGAGGUUUGGAAGGACAACCGCACAGACCCCCUCCCCGAACUUCAUGCUAAUGUGGCCGACAUCGUGGAAGACAUUUUGAAAAUGCACGAUAACACCAGGUUGGGCCAUCUCACUCUGGAGGACUACCAGAUCUGGAGCGUGAAGAGCGCGCUUGCCAACGAGUUCCUCAACCUGCUCUUUCAGGUGUGCCACAUCGUCCUGGGGUUGCGUCCUGCCACGCCAGAAGAGGAAGGGCAGAUAAUCAGGGGGUGGCUGGAGAGGGAGAGCCGACACGGGCUGCAGGUGGGACACAGCUGGUUUCUCAUCUCCAUGCAGUGGUGGCAGCAGUGGAAAGAUUACGUCAAAUAUGAUAACCAUCCCAUUGUGGUGGAGCAGCCGCCAGUGCUCGGCACGGGCCGGAGCCCCCUGGCGGCGGCGGGAGCGGAGCAGGCCACCGACCGCAGCGGCGCCAGCAGCUCGUUCAGCUCCUCCGACGAACGCUUCUCCGACAAUGUCUCCAGUGCCUCCGAGGCCUCUGAGACCACCAACAGCAGUAUGAUCGCCUCCAGCUCCACGGCCACCGACAUCUGCUUCGCGCGGCAGCACAACGUCUCGGACAACAACAACCAGUGUUUCUUGGGCGCCAACGGAAACGUGCUGCCUCUUCUGGCCACGCAGAGGCCCGGCGCCAUCGACAACCAGCCCAUGGUCACCUCGGAGCCCAUCAAGGCCCCCACGCUAACCAUGGAGGGGGGUCGACUGAGGCGAUCGCCACCGCCAAGUCCGAGCCGGGACUUCGAGGUCGUCCCAGAGCCCGUGUGGAGGGCGCUGUACCACUGGUACGGUGCCAACCUGAGUCUGCCCCGGCCGGUAAUCCGGGAUACCAAGACCGAAGUCCCCGAGCUGGAGCUGUUCCCACGGUACCUGCUGUUUCUACGGCAACAGCCCGCGACCCGCAACCCCCAGUCCAACAUCUGGGUGAAUAUGGGUAACGUGCCUUCUCCGAAUGCCCCUCUGAAGCGAGUCCUGGCCUACACCGGCUGCUUCAGCCGUAUGGCCACCAUCAAGGACAUCCAUGAUUACUUGUCCCAGCGGCUGCGCAUCAAGGAGGAGGACAUGCGGCUAUGGCUCUAUAACAGCGAGAACUACCUUACCCUGCUCGAUGAUGAAGACCACACACUGGAAAGUUUGAAGAUUCAAGACGAACAGCAUUUAGUAAUUGAAGUUCGAAACAAAGACAUGAGCUGGCCAGAGGAGAUGUCUUUCAUAGCGAACAGCAGUAAAAUGGACCGGCACAAGGUCCCGACGGAGAAGGGAGCAACGGGUCUCAGUAACCUGGGAAACACCUGCUUCAUGAACUCCAGCAUCCAGUGCGUGAGCAACACCAAGCCUCUGACAGACUAUUUCAUCUCAGGGAGACACCUCUAUGAGCUCAACAGAAUCAAUCCGAUUGGGAUGCGUGGUCACAUGGCCAAAUGUUAUGGCGAUCUGGUGCAGGAGCUGUGGAGCGGAACGCAGAAGAAUGUGGCUCCACUCAAACUGAGGUGGACCAUUGCUAAGUACGCCCCAAGGUUCAAUGGUUUCCAGCAGCAGGACUCGCAGGAGCUCCUGGCAUUCCUGCUUGACGGGCUUCAUGAAGAUCUCAACCGAGUCCAUGAAAAGCCCUACGUGGAGCUGAAAGACAGCGACGGCCGGCCCGACUGGGAGGUGGCUUCCGAGGCCUGGGAGAACCACCUGAGAAGGAACCGCUCCAUCGUGGUGGACCUGUUCCACGGCCAGCUCAAGUCUCAGGUCAAGUGCAAGACCUGCGGACACAUUAGUGCCCGCUUCGACCCCUUCAACUUCCUGUCCCUACCCCUCCCAAUGGACAGCUCCAUGCACCUGGAGAUCACAGUUAUUAAGCUGGACGGCUCUACGCCGGUACGAUUCGGACUGCGGCUGAACAUGGACGAAAAGUACACCGGCCUGAAAAAACAGCUGAGCGAGCUGUGCAGCCUGAAGCCUGAGCAGAUUCUGCUGGCCGAGGUCCAUGCGUCCAAUAUAAAAAAUUUUCCUCUGGACAACCAGAAAGUGCGGCUCUCCGUGAACGGCUUUUUGUGCGCGUUCGAGAUCCCCGUGCCAGGAUCACCCACGUCUGCGUCCUCCCCCUCCCCAACGGAAUUGCCGCCUCUAGCCAAUGGCACGGUCACCUCAGCAGCCAAUGGCAAUGCUCCCAAACCCAACCUGAUACCCAAUGGCAUGCCGAGCACCGUGGUGCCCUGUGGGACAGAGCGGUGCCUUCCCAACGGCAUCCCCAAUGGUCACGUGGCCCCCAUGCAGGAUAGCCCCUUCAUCGGCUAUAUCAUCGCUAUGCACAGGAAGAUGAUGCGGACAGAGCUGUACUUCCUGUCGUCUCAGAAGAACAGGCCCAGUCUGUUCGGCAUGCCCCUCAUCGUCCCCUGCACGGUGCACACGCGGAAGAGGGACCUAUACGACGCCGUGUGGAUACAGGUGUCUCGACUGGCCAGUCCGUUACCCCCUCAGGAGGCCAGCAACCACGCCCAGGACUGUGAUGACAGCAUGGGCUACCAGUACCCCUUUACGCUGCGUGUUGUGCAGAAAGAUGGGAACUCGUGUGCCUGGUGCCCAUGGUACAGGUUCUGUCGGGGCUGUGCGGUGGACUGCACCGAUGACCGAGCCUCACUGGGGAACGCCUACAUCGCCGUGGACUGGGACCCCACCGCGCUACACCUGCGCUACCAGACCUCACAAGAGAGGAUUGUGGAGGAGCACGCCAGUGUGGAGCAGAGCCGGCGGGCCCAAGCGGAGCCCAUCAGCCUGGACAGCUGCCUGCGGGCCUUCACCAGCGAGGAGGAGCUGGGCGAGGAUGAGCUCUACUACUGCUCCAAAUGCCGCACCCACCGACUGGCCACCAAGAAGCUGGACCUCUGGAGGCUGCCGCCCAUACUGAUCGUGCACUUAAAAAGAUUCCAGUUUGUCAAUGGACGCUGGAUCAAGUCUCAGAAGAUCGUGAAGUUCCCCAGGGAGAAUUUCGACCCCAGUGCCUUCCUGGUGCCGCGGGAGGCCGAGCAGGGGCUGGGAGAGUGCCAGGGGGAGGAGGUUGCGAAGGCUGGGGUAGGGGACGCCGCAAUGGCCGUCUCUGUCCCUCCUGCUUCUGGCCUCUCUAACAACACCAAAGGUUCACCCAACACCGGGAGGAAGUCUGGUGCCCCGCGGAGCCGUGGCAGCAGUCCCAGCAGCAGCCCCAAGGGCGGCGCUAGAAAACAGGUCCGCCUGCGCAUGCCCCAGCUGGGUAGCCGACACCGGCUCUGCAACAGCAAGGAGAACCUGGACAGCAGCAGGGAGAGCUCCUCUGAGCUGGAGCACAGUGCCCCCGAUGGUCCGGGGGUCGCGCUUGCCUCUGAGACGACCACCCCCGAGCCCUGGAACACGGAAGCGGCAGGCAGGGACUGCGAGGUGAUCGUCAUGAACGGUCUGGGACAGGACAGCAGCCAAAGCAACGACCACACGGAUGCCAGCGUUGACAUGGAGACGCCCCAUCACCAAAGAGACGAGGUCUACAUGGAGCCCAUGUACAAUUUAUAUGCAAUAUCAUGCCAUUCAGGAAUCUUGGGUGGGGGCCACUAUGUGACAUAUGCCAAAAACCCCAAUGGGAAGUGGUACUGUUACAACGACAGCAGCUGUAAGGAAGUGCACUCUGAAGAGAUAGACACAGAGUCUGCCUACAUCUUGUUCUACGAGCAGCAGGGAGUGGACUACUCGCAGUUUCUGCCAAAGACUGACGGAAAAAAGAUGGCCGACACCAGUAGCAUGGACGAGGACUUCGAGUCGGACUACAAGAAGUACUGUGUCCUUCAGUGAGGGAGAGGUCUCCCUUCAGCAGUCUCCAUUCAUCAACAAGCCUACGCUCCGUAAAAGGCCAAAUGCCCAACCAAAAAUGUCCGUCUUUCGGAAUCAGCGGAAGGGAAACAUAGGGCGACGGUUUCUUUCCUUAAAUUCCCCCCUUCAGCUCAUCCACUACCGAAGUCAUCAGUCAGCUUGUGUGCAGCCACCCAAUGUCGCAAGUAUUCGGCUGCCAUGUACAUCUUAACCACAAGAUGGCCGAAUGGACCCCUUGGAGACCCAGAACCAACAUAUGUGGCGUAGUGUUUUUGACGAUCAGUUGGCACCUACGGAGAUUGAUACGCAGGGAGUCAUUUUGGAUCAGGUGGUUGAAUCGUGAGGACUCCCGCAUUCUUCUCACGAAACUAGCGGUAGAAACCUUGCGCUCUACCUCAUGGCCGGCAUUCGCAGUACCGCGGCUCCUUGUGGCAGUAACAUUACAGAAAGUCCAAAUCUAACUGGAACGGUAUGAAUUCGGGUCAGACUGACAGCGGCAGAGUUACAUGCUGGGCUGGCUGUGCCCCGUAUUUCUGCAUUGAGCUCACAGCGGACACUCACUGGGCAGAAAGACCACUCAAAGGUUUUUAUAAACUGCCAAAAUUGGGGCGUUUCAGUGAAGCUGGGCAAUGUAUUAAAUCUAUUAAUGCAGUGAGUGAAGUUGGGUGUGCAUUUCAUUUUAUUAUUAUUAUUAUUAUUAUUAUUAUUAUUAUUGCUGUUAUAUACAUUUUUUAAGCCUGUGAGCUUGGGGUAACAUUUCCUUUGCAUUCAGGAUGUGUGCCAUACAGAUUGUUUCGAAGAACACUUUGCGUGUUGUUUUAAUUUACUGGCUUUUCUUCAAAUACUUCUUUUAUAGUUGUUUCUUUUAUUAGUGAUUUUAAACCUAAAGCUAUUUUCAGUUUCCCAAUCACAGGACUGCCCCAAUCAAGUGGAUUUUGUUUCUUUUUGCACACCCUUUUAAUUUAAAUCUAGUGCAGUGUUUCCAACCUGGGCCUCGAUGACCCCUAGACAGUGCACGUUUUUGCAGGGAGGUGGGAGGGACCAAAAGCGUAGACCGCCUGGGGGGUCCCUGACAACUUGGCUGGGAAGCACCGAUCUAGUGCAACAAGGAUGUCCAAAAAGUCACCGAAUUCUGCGAUAUUAGUUCAUGCCAUCCCAAAGCUUUUGUGUUGAUAUUAUUGUCAGCUAAUUUCCGGAUGAUCAGUUGAUAUCUACUCAUUAUUUAGUUGAGGUGCAUGCAGACUGCGUCCCCGGCCCCAUUUUCGUGGAAUUGUAAAAAGCUGAAGUUGUUAGGCCAAAGUCGUACUGGUUUUGUGGCCACUGAGUGGCCUGUUCUGUGCUUUUGCGGGAUUUCUCUUGACUGAGUGUCGUGCCGUCAUAUGAGCAGUGUUAUUAAAUGGGCCAGAUUACCUAGAGGCUGUGUGGAGACACCAUUUAAACCCCAGACCUCAUCUUUAUUUUUUCUUUUCCAUUUUUUU